GGGACAGGGUGACAGAGCGAAAGAGAGAGAGAGUGAGUGAGUGAGUGAGAGAGAGAGAGAGAGAGAGAGUGAGAAGCCGAGCUACUUAGAGGGAGCAGCGGAAACAGACUGAGAGGGAUGGAUAGGGAGAACCAGGGCCCUUGUUUAUCUAUCCGUGAGCAGCAGACACCGCAAGCGCCUGAACAAGAGAACUAAUCGAACCGCUCCGAGGACACCGAGAGAGAAAGAGAGAGAGAGAGAGAGGCAGAGGGGGCGAGGCUGCUGCCACUGCGACGUGCCGGUAACCAUGGCGCAGCCAUCUCCGUGUGCAUCGCCGGGCGUUCGUCGUCGUAGUGACGGCUCAGUGAGAGAGUGUUUGUUUUUUCCUGUUUUGGAACGCAACGAACAGGAGAGGCUGGAGGCCCUAGUGAGAAGGAGGGAGAGAGGAGAAGAGAGGGAGAGACGGAUGGGAGAGAACGGCAGAGAAUCUAUGGAGAACAGGCCUAAACGCUGGACCUGGGGAGGACCGCCCGGGGAAGGAGAGGGUAACCUUAAGACCCCACCCUUUCAUGCUAUUGGCUCAGCUCUGCCUCAUCAUCCCACCUCUACUGCCAGCCCCGACCAAUCCAGGAACGCGUGUGACUUCUUGACCCCGCCCUCCUUGGACCAGCCAAUCACCAAACGCCUUUCCAACUCUUCAACCUCCCUGCACUCACCAGAUAGAGCGUCCCUGAGCCCUCAGCGAACAGCCGUCAAGGGUUCACCCUCCAGGAAGACCAGCAACGGACCCCUGGACGAAAAGACCCCUAAAACGCCAACAACGGAGAGAGGGCCUGUCUCGUCUCUGACUGACGCUUCGAUGAGACGUCUCGAGUCUCCCACCACUCCCACUCGAAGCUCCUCCCCCAGAGCCCAGGGCAAAGGAAUUGGCACGCCCAAAAGGGUGAGGUCGACUAAGAGUCGCGUCCAGUCUCCCUGCUCUCCUGGCCAGUACCCACCUUCCCCGCUCCGCCAGCGACCCCCAAUAACUGAGGGCAACCAGGACCCCAGGGGACAUGGAACCCUGGAAAGGAAGUCCUCCAAGCCUGACCCACAAGAGAAGAGGAUCCCCAAGUCAUCCAGCAGAGACCUGGCAGCAGAGUCUCCAGGUACGCCCACAGGCAGGAACGUUGCCGGGACAACGGAUGCGGAAGAGGCGUCUAGACUGUUGGCUGAGAGGCGACGUCUGGCCAGGGUUCAGAGAGAACAGGAGGACAAGCUACGACAGGAAGAGGAGAGGCUGAGAGCAGAGGAGGAGCAGAGGAGAGAACAGCAGGCAAAGGAGGAACAGGCAAGGGAGGCACAAAGAGUGGUAGAAGAGAGGGAGAGACUGGAAGAGGAGAGGAAGACCAGAGAGGAGGAGGAAAGAAAAACAAAGGAGCGGCGUUGGAAAGACAUGCAGGAUCAGUUGGACCGAGAGAGAGAGGAGGCUUGUCUGCGUGCUCACAGGGAGGCGGAGAGGAAGCAGCAGGAAAGGGAACUGCUGCAGAUACAGGAGGAACAGGAGAGGCUGCAGAGGAAGAAGCGGAUUGAGGAGAUAAUGAAGAGGACACGUCGGAGUGAGUCGGACACCCCAACCCCAGGUGUCUGUGAGGUGAACGGAGGUCAGGUGGGACGGACCAGAGACCUGGAUCAGGAAGAGGCCGGCCCAGUGGGGUCACCCCUCAUCACCCUGGGUCCCCUGGAGAACAAGAGCUGUGGAGGGGACGAGCUGUCUGAUGGGGUACAGUCUAUGGAUGUCAGCCCAGUGUCCAGGGAUGAGAUGGGUAGCGUUCAGGAGUUCUCUCCUGUUAGCGAAGGGUUGAACAGCAUGAGCAACGGCCGGACCCUGGAGCACCUGCUCGGCAUCACCUCCCAGCCUGACACGCCCCCCUACCAGGCUGGCAGUGCCGCAGCUCUAGGUGACCUCAACAAGAAUCUGCUGAUACAGGGUUAUGACCCUGCCUCCUUAACAAGCUCCUCCUCCAGCUCCGCCCAGCUUCUCCACAGCCUCAGCCCUGGGAAACUGGAUGUCUAGGAAAGAGGGCUCUGUACAGGACUACUGGCAGAGAGAGAAACCAGCUCCUGGCAUCUCCGCCCUCACCCUAGAUUAAGUGAGAGAACCACCACAGUGAAGAAAAGCCGCACAAUGGCUGUCUCCUACUCAACUUCACAACUCAACACAACCACAGCUGAAUUUCCCCACGUAGAGGCAAACACAUGGUUAAGAAUCUCCCUUUCCCCCCGUGUAGAGACACAAACACACAGUCAAUACUCUCCCAGUAAGGCCUUUUCUCUGUGUCCUGGCUGUAUGAUGUUGUGUAGGCGCGGGGGUGUUGGGAGACUGAUCACGUAACAAAAGGGCUGUGGUAACCUGCUGUAGCUGUUCUCCUGUGGUUAACACUGACCCUGUACCGUAUUUCGCUGCAGAACCGCUCUGCUGCUGUCUGAGGCGCGCACCGUCACAUGGCUGUUGGCUUGAUGUGGGGAGGUGUUGUCACUAACCACAGAUGCAGAAUCAGAUCACCAAAAUGCUAAAAAAUCCUAACUGGAGGACUGACGAAAAUAUAAUCUCACACUGUAUCAGUGGCUAGGGUCAACAUCGUCCUACUGGUCGUAACGGCGGUGCUUAGAAGGUCCUCUUCCCGUAACUAGAGAAAUCUACUCAUCGAAAGAGAGAGUUGACAUAGUAACAGACAGAUGUCUAGCCUUUGUUGAUAUGCUGCUGUAUGCCACUUAAUAGCUUUAGUGAUGCAUCAAAAACACAAGUGGAAGACUUGAGAAGCAUAUAUGAAUAUAAUCUGUGCAAAAAGAUGAGAAGAGGCUUGUGUUCUUUUGGUUGCUGUUUGCAGGGUGGGGGGAUAUUGACAAAAGUGGCGUGUGUGGUUUUAGCUCACUCACUGUGCUGUGGGUGUUAGUUUGUAGUUAAGUUGUGCACUGUCUGUUUUUGUAACUAGGCUUCGAUAACAUUCUGCUCUCAUCUUUAAGAAUUGCAAUCUUUAUUUUGCUUCUAUACUGAAUUGUAACAAACCUAGCAACUUCCGGUGUCCUGGAGGGCUACUGGGUGUGCAGGCUUUUGUGCAAGCCCUACAUCAGUAAACCAGUCCAGAAAGAGGGUGACUAAUCAGAUGUAGAUUCAAGUGGAUUUGGAGCAAGGAUGGAACCAAGGACUGCAUGCCCAGGCCAGCAGCUGUCUCUGGUUAGAGAACCCUGUUCUACAGUAUCUUCAUUGGUCUGUUUAUUCAUUGACUCAGUCAACUUGGAAAACUCUGGUGCGCAACAGUUAUAAUCACUUUAAUCUCUUGUAGGCAGCCACGUAAAAGUCAAGCUUCUUAGCUAUUGCGCACAACCUCAGUUCUGAGGUAACCAAGAGUAUAAUCACAACGACUGGGCCUUUUAAGUCAGAAGAUAAAUCAGUCUGCUGACUAGCUACUACUGCUGUGAAUUCUAUCAAUAAUACAAGCUUCCUGUGCUGUAACUGUCCUGUAACUGGUCUUACCUGUAACACGUGUCUACCGCUUUGCUCUCAGGGUGGAUGCUCAGCAUGUGUGCGUCCUCCCCGCCUUGACGGUUGCCAUUUCAGUUCCUUCUGAAGGCCACUGUGGAGCGGGGUGUCAAUCAUUAUUUAUGAAGUCGAUGGGCUCGGAGUAUUGUGUAUUAAUGACCAUAAUAUUAAUGCUGUAUCCCAAUUACGGGACUGGAAUAGUCUUCGGUGCACUGGACUCUUGAUUUAUUUGCCAUAUCUGUCUUUCAUUCAGUGUGUCCACCUCUCUGGAAUUGUUCAUGAACUCAUGCUUUCAGACAUUGCAUCCUAAGGGUUUCAUGCCCACCAGGGUUUCUAAACUGAGUAAAAUUAUUAAGACUUAAGGUCAGAAUGUUAUUCACUAAAAGUAACUUAACACUGAUGUCACUGCAGCUUGGUGGAAUAUGUAACUGUAGACGUGGUGCAUGGAUCUAACUGCUGAAAUACAACAAUAAAACAUUAUCCAGCAAA